UUCCCCCAUGGAUGCUCCAGCCCCGGAGCACCCACGGAGUCAGCGCCUAUGCUGGUAGCCAGUUCUUUAGUAAAGUAACUAAAGAUGUAUUAGGUAAGAAAAUAAAUUAAAGUUAUUGAGAAGUUAAAGCAGGUAAAAUAUAUUAACAGUUGAGUCCAAGUUUGUAAGUCCAAACUGGUAGUAGAGAUGUAGUAAUCUGCUAGUUUUCCAUAAGUCUCUCAGGGUUACCUAGAAUGGCUCUAGGGAUCUCUGUCCAGUUUCUCAGUAUUCCUCCCUGAUAGAAUCCAUCAGUCUAGAGAUACAGAAUCAUUCUCUUAAAUCAGCAGUUAUAUAGAUCCUGUCACAGAAGACAAGCUGAUAGGUGCCUUUGCCCACAUGGGUGCUUCUUUUGAUGAAGUAUGCAUCUUGAGUCUUUGACCUCAGCUUCCCGCAUCAAUUACCACUUGCUUUGAAAUUAGCAUUUGUUUGUUAAAGUCCUCAAGCCCUUAUUUAGCAUUCACAAGAUUUCUUAGAUGAGUAAUUUAGUUAGUGAUAUACAUUAUGCAAUUGUCUGCCAUGACAUUACUAUAGAAAUAGAUAAAUGAGAGCAAUACAGGUAACAUGCAUUGGUUUUCAGGAAGUUUACACAUCAAGUAAACUAAACACAAACCUCUGAUAUAGGGUUAAUUAAGUACAGGAUAUAGAUAGAUGAAAACAAUACAAUCAACAUCUCUAUUGAUUUUUAUUAGCAUACGAGUGAAUUAGUUUGAACCCAAACUAACGCUCAAUACUACUUUGAUAUUCACAAACAAGUGAAUUGACCUAUUGCUUUGAUCUGAGCUGGUCUGUCAGCGUCACAGCCUAUUCAGCUGUACCUUAGUGUUUCGUGACCACAUCUGUCAUUGGUUAUGAUUUCAGUGAGCACUUACUAAGUGCAAGUAAGGAAAAAGAUAUUGGUUGUUGAAGUGAGCUGAAAGCAUGUACAUUAACAGCUCCUAGAGUCUUGCAGAUAACCAUAACAGUUAGCUCUGGCAAGAGAGAUCCAUGUUAAACUGAGCAAAAAGAUAGUUCAGGAUAGCAAAUAUCAGCUCAGACAUACGUAAAAACAAUAUGUUUAUUGAACACUGUUUGUGAAAAAACACUGCUCAACAUCCCAUCUUGGAAAUCAAGGAAUAGAUUGCAGUAGUCAUGUUUUCAAGUUUUACAAAUGUCUUUGAAAAUAAUUUAAUGUUAUUAUGUUGUUUAUAAAAUGUAUUUGAAAUAUUGGGUAAAAAAGAUCUAAGUAUUAGUCGGUUAGAAAAGUGGUCCUGGUAUUUUUAUUACUAUAAAAUGUGGUUUGAAUUGUUUAAAACAGGAAAAUAUAUCUAUAAUUUCCCUCCUCAUUUGUGGAAAACUCAGAGAUGGAUAUUAUUCAAGGUUUCUGAAAAAAAUUCACCUUUGGUCAGAGACCAGGCAUGAAAAAUUUCGGUGCACAAUGUGAACUUUUUAUACAGUUAUGAGCAAAUGAAAGAGGAUUAUGUUUAUUGCAAUCCAGGGGAAAUAAGUUAAUAGCAAUACUUAUAUAUUACUAUACAUUUUCAAAAUGCUGUACAGACAUUAAAUAAUUGUAAUUUAUAUACUUUGGCCAUUAACAAUACUUAUAGAGGUACAAAAAAAUUUCAAAAGAAGAUUGGUUACUAUACAUCCUGCCUGGAAGUGACCAUGUUAAUUCAUGUUUUCCUCUCUAAAGUAUUUUUUAUUUGUUUUAGGAUUUUUGCUUUUUAAAGAUUAUUGUAUGAAUGAAAUUGAUGAAGGUGUCCCUCAGCUGAAAUUUUAUGAAGAGAUAAAAGAAUAUGAAAAACUGGAUUCUGAGGAGGAACGUCUUAGCAGAAGUCGGCAGAUUUAUGACACAUACAUAAUGAAAGAGCUGCUGUCUUGCUCACAUCCAUUCUCAAAGAAAGCUGUAGAUCAUGUACAAACACACCUUGCCAAGAAACAAGUGCCACCAAGUCUUUUUCAGCCAUACAUAGAAGAAAUUUGUGAUAGUCUCCGAGGAAAAAUAUUUCAAAAAUUUAUGGAAAGUGACAAGUUUACUAGAUUUUGUCAAUGGAAAAAUGUAGAACUAAAUAUUCAUCUGACCAUGAAUGACUUUAGUGUACACAGAAUAAUUGGGCGAGGGGGAUUUGGUGAAGUAUAUGGUUGCAGAAAAGCAGACACUGGAAAAAUGUAUGCAAUGAAAUGUUUAGAUAAGAAGAGGAUCAAGAUGAAGCAAGGAGAAACAUUAGCCUUAAAUGAAAGAAUUAUGCUGUCGCUAGUCAGUACUGGAGACUGCCCUUUUAUAGUGUGUAUGACCUAUGCCUUCCACACCCCUGACAAACUCUGCUUCAUCCUGGACCUGAUGAAUGGAGGAGAUUUGCACUACCAUCUCUCACAGCACGGGGUGUUUUCUGAGAAGGAGAUGAGGUUUUAUGCUACUGAAAUCAUCCUGGGCUUAGAACACAUGCACAAUCGAUUUGUUGUAUACAGAGACUUGAAGCCUGCAAACAUCCUGUUGGAUGAGCACGGACACGUAAGGAUAUCAGACCUUGGUCUUGCUUGUGAUUUUUCCAAAAAGAAACCACAUGCUAGUGUUGGUACCCACGGAUACAUGGCUCCUGAGGUGCUCCAGAAAGGAACAGCAUACGAUAGCAGCGCAGACUGGUUCUCUUUAGGCUGUAUGCUUUUCAAACUUCUGAGAGGUCACAGUCCUUUCAGACAGCACAAAACCAAAGAUAAGCAUGAGAUCGACCGGAUGACGCUCACCGUGAAUGUGGAGUUACCAGAUGCAUUUUCCCCUGAACUAAAGUCCCUUUUGGAAGGGCUUCUGCAACGUGAUGUUAGCAAGAGGCUUGGCUGUCAGGGUAGCAGCGCGCAAGAAAUAAAAGAGCAUCAUUUUUUCAAAGGGAUUGACUGGCAGCAAGUCUACUUACAAAAGUAUCCUCCUCCACUAAUUCCUCCCCGGGGAGAAGUAAAUGCAGCAGAUGCUUUUGAUAUUGGCUCCUUCGAUGAAGAGGACACUAAAGGCAUUAAGUUGGUUGAUAGUGACCAAGAAUUGUAUAAGAACUUCCCUCUGGUAAUAUCAGAGCGUUGGCAGCAAGAAGUAGCAGAAACUGUUUAUGAUGCAGUAAAUGCAGACACGGAUAAAAUUGAGGCCAGGAAGAGGGCUAAAAAUAAACAACUUGGCCAUGAGGAAGAUUAUGCACUAGGGAAGGACUGCAUUAUGCAUGGGUACAUGUUGAAAUUGGGGAACCCAUUCUUGACUCAGUGGCAACGUCGUUACUUUUACCUCUUUCCAAACCGACUUGAAUGGCGAGGAGAAGGAGAAUCACGGCAAAAUCUACUGACAAUGGAACAGAUAGUCUCAGUGGAAGAAACUCAGAUUAAAGAUAAGAAAUGCAUCUUGCUGAGAAUUAAAGGAGGAAAACAAUUUGUCCUGCAGUGUGAGAGUGACCCAGAGUUUGUUCAGUGGAAAAAAGAGCUGACAGAAACCUUUACUGAGGCACAGAGGCUGCUGCGUCGCGCUCCAAAGUUUCUCAAUAAAUCUCGCUCAACAGUUGUAGAGCUUUCAAAGCCACCACUCAGCCAUAGGAAUAGCAAUGGGCUGUAGAAGAGAUGAGAGAACAAAGGUCACUUAGGGAAAGCGACUCCGUCACCAUGUCUGAGGGCCACAGCAUCAUUAGUUACUUGUACAAUCCCUGAACCAGGAAGUACUUAGAAGAUGACGCCUUGGAUGUUUACAGCAUGGGAUGAUGACAGGACUCUACAUCUGGAGGUUGUGAAGACUAAAGCAAUGACAAGGUGAAUGCUCACUAAUAGCAGUAGUGAAAGUUGCCAAAUGUAGAGGCUGCUUAUCGUUCCCAUGCAUCAUCACACCCUGGUGGUGUUCGAAUGGUCUGUUAUCCUAGAACUAUUGAAGGAAGGAAGAUAAUCUUUUCUUUGCAAUACCCUUGUUUUGGUAUGUACCAAACCUGGAAACUGAAAUGGUUACUACUCUUUAUCAUUUACAUGUUGAUGUCUGUUAUUGACAUAUCCCAGACUUUGGAAGGAACUGCAAAUUUGUCAUGUGGGAUAACAGGUAAUCCUAUAUGUUGCCUUGUUCUUUCCAGCCAUCACUAUUGACUUUAAUAGAUCCUUGCUCCAUACUGCUGGUGAUCAACAGUGUGACUCUUAUGCACUUCAAAAUACUGAUUUCUAACUGUCCUGUGGUUUGAAUGGUGUUGAUACUUUCAUGGAAACAUUGAACUCAGAUUAUUCACUUGGUUUGUUGUACUCACUAAUAGUAGCUACCACCGUUUUGUUUCUUCUACGUAUAUACAAAACUAUAACUGACACAACAGAGUAAUAAUUGGUGAAGAGGAAGAUAUGGUAGCUUCAUCUAGUGGUCUUGUAAAAAUUGAUUAUUUUAGCACAGUUUUUAAACAGCAGAUUCCUUUUGACAAGUUUACAGUGAAUACAAAACAGUUCUUUUCCAUGUCAGCUCAACUGCACUUUUUAAAAAUUAAAGAAUUCUGUAAAUCCAGUGCGUACUAGUGCACAUACGGGAUUAAAAUGUAUGGAUAACUUGGUAUGUAUUCUUCUGGAUCGCUCUUAAGUGGUUGGACUCAUAGACCCUUCUCUCUCUCUCUCUCUCUCUCUCUCUCUC